UUGGAGAGACUUGACUGAUUCGAAACAAAUGAUUCCUAAACGAUUCAAAGCUUCACGAAACAGUGUUCCAAACGCGUCCAUCAUUACCUGAAACUUAAAAACGGCUUGUUUAACGUUUUUCAACGUUAUCUGUAAUGGAUGUCUCAGGUUCUGAUAGCGACUGGAGGAGCACAGCCUUCAGACAGAAAGUAGUGGCUAAAAUAGAGGAAGCCAUGAGAAAAGCAGGAACUGCUCAUAAUAAGUCCAGUUCUGACAUGGAAAAUCAUGUAUGUCUCAAGGCAAAGACCAGAGAGGAGUAUUUGUCUUUGGUUGCGAGGCUGAUAAUUCAUUUCAGAGAUGUUCAUAAAAAGGCACAAGGGGGUCCUGAUCCCAUGAAUGCCCUGCAGAAUUUGACUGGAGUGAGUGGAGGUGGACCAGGUGUCAUUGGCAUUGGACCACGCCCACCUGGUAUGGGGCAAAUGCAGAUGGGUCAGUAUACCAUGCAAGGAGUAGCAGGCGGCCAGCAGUCUGGUUCUGAUAGCGACUGGAGGAGCACAGCCUUCAGACAGAAAGUAGUGGCUCAAAUAGAGGAAGCCAUGAGAAAAGCAGGAACUGCUCAUAAUAAGUCCAGUUCUGACAUGGAAAAUCAUGUAUAUCUCAAGGCAAAGACCAGAGAGGAGUAUUUGUCUUUGGUUGCGAGGCUGAUAAUUCAUUUCAGAGAUGUUCAUAAAAAGGCACAAGGGGGUCCUGAUCCCAUGAAUGCCCUGCAGAAUUUGACUGGAGUGAGUGGAGGUGGGCCAGGUGUCAUUGGCAUUGGACCACGCCCACCUGGUAUGGGGCCCAUGGGGCAAAUGCAGAUGGGUCAGCAUGCCAUGCAAGGAGUAGCAGGCGGCCAGCAGUCUGGUUCUGAUAGCGACUGGAGGAGCACAGCCUUCAGACAGAAAGUAGUGGCUCAAAUAGAGGAAGCCAUGAGAAAAGCAGGAACUGCUCAUAAUAAGUCCAGUUCUGACAUGGAAAAUCAUGUAUAUCUCAAGGCAAAGACCAGAGAGGAGUAUUUGUCUUUGGUUGCGAGGCUGAUAAUUCAUUUCAGAGAUGUUCAUAAAAAGGCACAAGGGGGUCCUGAUCCCAUGAAUGCCCUGCAGAAUUUGACUGGAGUGAGUGGAGGUGGGCCAGGUGUCAUUGGCAUUGGACCACGCCCACCUGGUAUGGGGCCCAUGGGGCAAAUGCAGAUGGGUCAGCAUGCCAUGCAAGGAGUAGCAGGCGGCCAGCAGUCUGGUUCUGAUAGCGACUGGAGGAGCACAGCCUUCAGACAGAAAGUAGUGGCUCAAAUAGAGGAAGCCAUGAGAAAAGCAGGAACUGCUCAUAAUAAGUCCAGUUCUGACAUGGAAAAUCAUGUAUAUCUCAAGGCAAAGACCAGAGAGGAGUAUUUGUCUUUGGUUGCGAGGCUGAUAAUUCAUUUCAGAGAUGUUCAUAAAAAGGCACAAGGGGGUCCUGAUCCCAUGAAUGCCCUGCAGAAUUUGACUGGAGUGAGUGGAGGUGGGCCAGGUGUCAUUGGCAUUGGACCACGCCCACCUGGUAUGGGGCCCAUGGGGCAAAUGCAGAUGGGUCAGCAUGCCAUGCAAGGAGUAGCAGGCGGCCAGCAGUCUGCAGGGUCUGCUGGCCAGAUGCAGAUGAUGCAGCAGUCUAUUCAGUUUCAGCAGUUUCAGCCACAGCAGCAGGCAGCCAUGCAGCCUUCGCAGCAAACAGCUAUGCAGCAGAAUACUAUGCAGCAGAAUAUGCAGCAGUUACAUCAGAUGAAGCAACUCCAGCAACUCCAACAGCAGCACCAUCAGAAUCAACAACUGCAGCAUCCUAAUCAGCAACAGCAGCAGGCUCAGACUCAGCAGCAACAGAACCAGUUGCAUCAAAACAGAAUCCAACAACAACAGCAAUUAGUACAAUUGCAGCAGCAACUGCAACAGCAACAACAACAACAACAACAGGCCCAAGCCCAGGCUCAAGCACAGGCUCAGGCCCAGGCUCAAGCUCAGGCCCAGCAUUUGCAACAACAGCAGCAGCAGCAGCUUCAAGCUCAGGCUCAAGCACAAGGUCAAGCCCAAGCACUGGCCCAAGUUCAAGCAGGUCAGAUGCCGCCUCACUCACAGCAGCAGGUUUUGGUGCAGCAGUCUUUGGCACAAAUGCCCCAAGGACAGCAUCAAUCAAUCAACUCGCUGCAGCAGCAACAGUUGAAGCUCCAACAAGCACUCCAGGCAAGAGGUUUGCAGCAGCAGCAGCAACAACAACAACAGCAGCAGCAGCAACAACAUCAACAACAACAACAACAUCAACUGCAGCAGCAGCAGCAGCAACAACAACAACAACAGCAACAGCAGCAGCAGCAGCAACAACAGCAGCAGCAGCAGCAGGUUCAGCAGAUCCAGCAGGCGGCCCAGCUCUCAGCUGUUCCCAGUCAGAUGAUGCCCCGUCCUGGGAUGCAAAUUCCACCCCGGUUGCCCCGCGCCGCCCCGAACCCCGCCGCUCCUCAAAACCCCGCUGCCAUGGGAGGACAGCAAAUGCCACAGGGUCAGCAAAUGAUGUCCUCACCGUCACCAGUUCAGGUGCAGACGCCCCAGUCAAUGCCUCCUCCUCCCCAGCCUCAGCCGUCCCCCCAGCCUCCCACCUCUCAACCGAACUCUGUCAGCUCUGGUCCAACACCUUCCCCUGGAGGAUUCCAACCCAGUCCCUCUCCUCAACCAUCCCAGAGUCCAGCUUCUGCUCGCACCCCACAGAGUUACCCCCUCCAGGUACCUUCACCUGGACCACUCAACACCCCAGGCAAUCCAGGCUCAGUAAUGAGUCCAGCAGGAACCUCUCAAUCUGAAGAUCAACUAUAUAUGGACAAAUUAAAGCAGCUGUCAAAAUACAUUGAGCCACUGCGCAGAAUGAUCAACAAAAUAGACAAAAACGAAGACAGGAAAAAGGAUCUGAGCAAAAUGAAAAGUUUACUUAAUAUCCUCACUGACCCCAACACACGGUGUCCUCUUAAGACCCUACAAAAGUGUGAAAUCGCUUUAGAGAAGCUGAAGAAUGAUAUGGCAGUGCCGACUCCUCCCCCUCCAUCAGUGCCCUGUACUAAAAAGCAGUACCUGUGCCAGCCUCUUCUGGACGCCGUCAUGGCCAAUAUUCGAUCCCCGGUUUUCAACCAUUCACUUUACCGCACAUUUGCUCCCGCUAUGACGGCAAUUCAUGGACCACCGAUCACAGGCCCUUCAAUUCCGUCCCGUAAACGGAGACUUGAGGAUGACGACCGGCAAACGAUCCCCAACAUACUUCAAGGGGAGGUGGCUCGACUCAAUUCGAAAUUCCUGGUUAAUCUGGAUCCAUCCUACUGUAGUAACAAUGGAACGGUGCAUCUUAUUUGCAAACUAGAUGAUAAAAAUCUUCCCAGUGUUCCUCCUCUUCAGUUGAGCAUUCCAGCAGAUUACCCCGAUCAGAGCCCACACUGGGAAGAUGAUGGCCAGCAGUAUGAUGCCAACCCUUUCCUGCAGACUGUACAUAAGAACAUGACAUCCAAACUCCUUCAACUUCCUGACAAGCACUCGGUGACGGCUCUGCUGAACACAUGGGCCCAAAGCGUGAGACAGGCUUGCCUCUCGGCCGCUUAAGAGGUCUCCGACAGCAAACCAUUAAAAGCUUUGCACCUCCAUAGCACAAUGGCAAUAUAUGAAUGACGACUUGCUUUGCGUUUCUUUGUCUUUUUUAUUUACGUCCACAUCUUGUGUAUUACACUGAAGCCUUAACAGUUUGUGUAUUGCUUGAUAAAUUAAAUACACUCUGUACAAUACUA